AUGACAACACCCAAGCGUGUGGGCAACUUCAAUCAUAUGGAGCGCGGCGGAAAGAGGCACCAGCCCGCGCGGAUGACAUACAAUACUGCAGCCUACGACGACUCCGUCAAAGCAACUACUGGCUAUGGAAAACCCCAACACAAACAAAAAGGGUUCAUAGGCGACCCCAAGCCGCAGCCUCCACUCUCGACACCGGAACUACAGACCGGUUUGGUAGCCUUGCUCGACAGAUUCAUAGGAGAAGAGACAACGCCCAAGGCAGACCGAGAUGUACUCCAUCAUGCCAGAGAGCUGCGCCGACUUCUCUGCGCGCGUCCCAAUUUCCUAUCCUCACAGUUGAAGCAAGAACUGGACCAGAAGCGGCCCUAUAAUGAAGCAAGGGUCAAAAUACCUGACUGGAUCGAACGCCAACUUCAUGCAGCAAAGGCCCUUCCACCAUUACCGCCCAUAAAUGAGCCUCAUCUCCACCAAGCCGUCUUCACCCACCGCUCAGCUGUCAUCAAUCCAGGUGACCUUGUCGCAAUGUCCAAACUCGAUCUUGGCCUCGACUACGAACGUCUCGAGUAUAGUGGUGACGCCUACAUCGAGCUCAUCGCUACCCGCGCCCUGUGCAAUCGCUUCCCCCAAGUCGAUGUUCCAGAGCUUUGCUCAUGGCGCGAGCGCCUUGUCGAGAAUUCCACGCUGAGCAAAUUCUCCGAUGCAUACGGCUUUCCUGACCGCCUAUCGCACCGUUUGUUCGUCGAACGAGGCUCCAAAGCAUGGAUGAAGGUCUCGGCGGACAUAUUCGAAGCAUAUAUUGCCGGUCUCGUAGAAUCAGACCCAGAGCACGGUUUCCAUAUCGCAGAAGAAUGGCUCACCGAACUCUGGGCCCCGCAGCUUCUCAGCUUCCAAGCCAAGGUGAUAGAGAACCCUAAAGCAAAAGACGAGUUGAGUAAGCUGGUCAUGUGUAAGGGCGUUACAUUGCAGUACCGGGAAGACAAGCCGAUGACAUUUGAUACGGGGAGUAUCCAGCGAUAUUACAUUGGCAUCUACCUGACGGGUUGGGGAUACGAGGAUGAGUGGAUUGGCAGUGGAGAGGGACAGAACAAAAGCCAGGCCGGCAUAGCCGCUGCGACCGCAGCUAUCAGGAACAGCGCAGUAGUCAAGGACGCAGCGCAGAAGAAGGCCGAACUUCUCCAGUCUAAGAGGCUCGAAAAAGAGGCGUUGGCCAAGGAAUACGCCGAGAGAGAGGCAGCUAAUGGAGGGGCAGGAGUGAAAGAGCCAGCUGCAACUGUCGAGAAUGGCGUGAGAGAGUCUAGUCAAGAGACAGUUCCCAAAACCGGUGCGAAUGGUGCACAGGAUGUCACAGAGACCAAGGACUGCCAAGACAAGCCGAAGAAAAGAAAGAGCGACAACGACGAGGCAUCGUCUGACAAGAAGAAGAAGCGGAAAAAAGAGAAAAAGGACAAGGAGAAUAUGAAGCUCAAGUCUGACAGCAACAGCGCUUGA